AUUCGGAUUUUUAAUAAACCAAGGAAUGGGAUUUUAAUUAUUCAAAACCCAGCUCCUCUGGGCCAGAUGCUGUUGGGAUAGUCCUAGUCACACAAUAUUAAAGAGACCCAUCACUAAGAGGACGAGAAAAGCGUCCGAGAUAUCCGUUGCAAUUAGGAUUGAACCAGAGACUUGGUAGCACAGGGCAUUGAUUGCUGGUGCCCAACCGGACCCUCCUCCCCUCUCCCCAUUCCUCCCCCCACCCGAGGCUGGCUCCGGCGGCGGCCGGGACCUCGCGUCCCUGCAUCGUGGCCAGGGCCGCGUUUUUCAUGAGCCCGGGGUGAACAGGUGCGAAGUGCGCUGGGAGCAUCCGGCCGACGGCCGGGCGCGGGGAACAUGGAGAGCGAACGCGACAUGUACCGCCAGUUCCAGGACUGGUGCCUCAGGACUUACGGGGACUCAGGCAAGACCAAGACGGUGACCCGUAAAAAAUACGAGCGGAUCGUCCAGCUCCUCAACGGCUCCGAGUCGAGCUCCACGGACAACGCCAAAUUUAAAUUCUGGGUCAAAUCGAAGGGCUUCCAGCUGGGCCAGCCGGACGAGGUCCGCGGGGGCGGCGGCGGCGCCAAGCAAGUGCUCUAUGUGCCGGUCAAGACUACGGAUGGCGUAGGAGUAGAUGAGAAGCUGUCUUUGCGGCGGGUAGCUGUGGUUGAAGAUUUCUUUGACAUUAUCUAUUCGAUGCAUGUGGAAACAGGGCCGAAUGGAGAACAAAUUCGGAAACAUGCUGGACAAAAGAGAACUUACAAAGCAUCUGGAUCCAUUUUUUUUUCAGAUACAGAAAAAUGUGUGAAAUGCUCAAAGUUUCAAAUACAGAUUUCAGAGAGCUAUGCCUUCCUACCAAGAGAAGCGGUGACACGAUUUCUAAUGAGCUGCUCAGAGUGCCAGAAAAGAAUGCAUUUAAACCCAGAUGGAACAGAUCAUAAAGAUAAUGGAAAACCUCCCACUUUGGUGACCAGCAUGAUUGACUACAACAUGCCGAUUACCAUGGCCUAUAUGAAACACAUGAAACUGCAGCUGCUGAACUCACAGCAAGAUGAGGAUGAAAGUUCAAUAGAAAGUGAUGAAUUUGAUAUGAGCGAUUCCACACGGAUGUCAGCUGUGAACUCUGAUCUCAGCUCCAAUCUAGAGGAAAGAAUGCAGAGUCCCCAGGCUCUUCCUGGACAGCAAGAUGAUGAUUCCGCUGCAGAGAGCUUUAAUGGCAAUGAGACUCUGGGGCACAGUUCACUUGCUUCAAGGGGAACACACAGCAGGGAGAUGGGCGACUCCAAUGGUGAUGGCAAAACGGAGCUGGAGCAGGACGAGCAGCCACUGAACCUGAGUGACAGUCCCCUCUCAGCACAGCUGACUUCAGAAUACAGAAUAGAAGACCACGGCAGUAAUGGAAAAAACAAAUAUAAGAAUCUUCUAAUUUCGGACCUUAAGAUGGAACAAGAGGCAAGAGAAAAUGGAAGCAAGUCUCCUGCACAUAGCUACUCAAGCUAUGACUCUGGCAAAAAUGAGAGUGUAGACCGAGGUGCUGAGGACCUAUCUCUGAACAGGGGAGAUGAGGAUGAAGAUGACCACGAUGACCAUGAUGAUUCUGAGAAAGUUAACGAGACAGAUGGCGUUGAGGCAGAGCGGCUGAAAGCUUUUAAUUCUCGACCUAUUCCUUCCCACCUUACUUCAGCAGUUGCAGAAAGUAUCUUGGCUUCAGCCUGUGAGAGUGAGAGUAGAAAUGCUGCCAAGAGGAUGCGUCUGGAUAGACAACAGGAUGAGUCUGCUCCAGCUGAGAAACAGUGUAAACCAGAGGCAGUCCAGGCCACUUACUCGACCUCAGCUGUUUCGGGCUCACAGGAAGUGUUAUACAUUAACGGAAAUGGGACCUACAGUUACCAUAGUUACAGAGGCUUAGGAGGGGGACUGCUGAAUCUGAAUGAUGCUUCCAGUAGUGGACCCACCGAUCUCAGCAUGAAGAGGCAGUUGGCAACCAGCUCAGGAUCCUCCAGCAGUUCAAGCUCCAGACCUCAGCUGAGUCCAACUGAAAUCAAUGCCGUGAGACAGCUCGUUGCAGGAUAUCGAGAAUCAGCUGCAUUUUUAUUACGUUCUGCAGAUGAACUGGAAAAUCUCAUUUUACAACAGAACUGAGUCAAAUGACGAUCCUAUUCACUGAGGUCUAAAUUUGCAGUUUCCACUAAUGACAUUUUGAUUUCCCAGGAGAGAUGCUUCUGGUCUUACUGCACAGUCUUAAGAGAAAUACUUCCAUUAUGCCGCAUCGUCCUUGAUCCAUAGAGUGAUGUGUUAAGGUGCUUCAAAGGAACGCUGACCUCUGAAGUACUUGUGAUACUUUAAUGUAUCAGCCUACUGCUUUUCGUUUUAGUGUGUCAGCAUAAAUAUCUGGGGCAAAAAAGGCUGUAUAUUCCUAAUUCAAGGAUCAAAAACAGAAGAAGCUUGUGGUAUAAAAAAUAGUUCAAGAUCCAACUGAAAUAUUAGUGGAAUUUGCUACUGACUCAUUGGACUGAAAGCUGAGUAUCUGGCAAAAAAAGAAAUAAAAAGCCAAAAUUUCUUGUUGCUGCAGGAUAUAACAAUGAAAAGGAUCUUGUAUUUUA